CAGCAUUCAGUACUUUUAUUGGUGUUAGUAAAAUGACAGACUAUGACACCGCGCAAAGAGAUGAGAGUGAAUAUGACACAAAAGAGUCGGACGUCUUUUCUAGCAAUGCACAGACUCUAGGCAAUACUCAAGGUCGAGCGAGUGUUGGAUUCAAAGACCAAGUUGAUGGUACCAGAACCAGCGCUACAGCAUGGUCACAAAGUCAGUCCAAGUUUAAAAAAGAUGCUGGGUCAUUUGUUUCAGAAGACACAGAUUUUCUUUUGGCCAAGUCGUUUAUGAACACCGUGCCAAAUGGCAAGACAUUUAGUCUUUACGACCAUCUUGCAACUAUUGUCAAUCAUGUCCUCCAAACGCGCUCUCCAGUCGCGUUAGAUAAUUUUGAAACUUUGUCUGCCGACUUGAAGCGCAAUCGGUUCCGUACUGAACUUCCAGGAGCACCAACUUCCCUGAGAGAAACUAUUUUUCCUUCAGGCAAAACUGAACUUGCCAAAAAGCGUGCUGGGUUAUUUUAUAGACAAACUCCAGAAGAGGCAGCAGAAAAAGCCAGUACUGAUGUUGGGGAGAUUCCAGAUAUUAUGGAUCUUGCGAAUCUUUGGGAAUGGGCAGGAGUUUCGUUUGGAAAAGAAGAAACUUUUGUGCUAUUUCUUUCCAUCAAAAAACUUGUGGAAGAGAAACCUUUAAAAUCGGUUCGACUUUGGGGCAAAGUAUUUGGAACUCAUGGAAACUAUAUUAUUGUCGAGGCUGAGAUCAAGGAAGGCUCGGCUGAUGAAGACGACGCAAUCGCCAAUGCACCCCCAAUCUCUAAUGCUGAGAUGACAGAACCCAUUUCCGCCAAAGAUAGCGAUGGUCAAGAAAAGCCAGAUACAAAAAAUAAACUUGCAGAAGAAGCCGAAAUUGGACUGCCCAAACCCAAAACCAAGCCAGUGAAACCACUUACCAAGGAAGUUCGGGUUGGCGUCAACAAAUAUGUGUAUUAUACCACACCAUUUGCUGGUGGCCCAUGGACUCGUCUUCCAGAUGUGAUUCCUGAACUUCUCCAGGCUUCUCGUAAGAUUCACAAAUAUUUCACUGGAAAUCUGUCUGCCCAUAUUUCAAGUUAUCCUGCAUUUCCCGGUACAGAAUCACAUUACCUCCGGGCCCAAAUUGCCAGAAUUUCAUCUGCCACAGUACUAAGUCCCAAUGGAUACUAUAUGGUUGACGCCGAAGAGGCAGAAGGAGAAGAAAGUCAAAACGGUGCUUCUAUUAUCAUCAAUCCUGAAUUUGAAGGAUUUCCUAAUGACCAACUUAUGAAUCUUACUAAUUGGGUUCACCAUGUACCUUACAUUCUUCCCCAGGGUAAGGUAGGUUGGGAAAACCCAACUGCUCGUGUAGAGAGUGCAGAGGGUGACGAUGAACAACGCGAUGACGAGGAUGCUGGAGAUGAAGGUGGCGAUGAAACUGUUGAGCCAGAGACAGGUCCAGCACUGCUUACUGCUAUCUCUGGUGACGAAGAUCAUGGAGAAAUUCCAUCCUGGUCUUCAAGAGUAUGCUCCAAUUUAUCGCCGAGUAAAUUCUCACCCGUAAUGCUUCGUAGUAAUCGAUGGCCAGGAGCAGUUGUUGUUGCAUACAAUGACAAAUUUGCAAAUAUUUAUAUUGGUGAUGGUAUCAAGGAUCUUGGUCAUACCUCACAUAGAUUUGUUCCGCCUCGCCUUGGAGACAUUCAAAGGGAAUAUUCAGCAGGAGAAAAUACCGAAGAAAACACCGAUCCACUUAAUGAGCAACUUGAUCCUACUGUAGAGCAAGAAAAGGAAUUUGAUGACGAGAAAAAGUCAAAGGACUUGGUGGGGAAAAAGGAUGGAAGCGAUAACGAAGAUAAUGCCGACGAGGAAGCAGAAGAAGAUUAAGUAGUAUGUUUUAAGCUCAGAUUGGAUGAGUAAUAAUAAAUCAAGGAUUUAGUUGAGUCAG